CUCUAACCAAAAUAUCAGAAACCACUUAAUUAUCUGAAAUAACGAAAUGAGGAAGGAGGUGGUGGUGUUGGAAGCAGUGACGACGGUUUCCACCGCCGUAGCGGCUGCGCUGUUGGUGAGGCAAUGGAAGAGGCGAAGCGAGCAACGGUGGAGGCAUGCACAGCGUAUCCUUCGAAAAUUUGCAAGAGAAUGUGCGACCCCUGUUCCUAAGUUAUGGCAAAUUGCUGAUGAUCUCGUGACUGAGAUGCAAUCGGGUCUAACUUCAACUGAAUCCAGCCUCCAAAUGCUUCCUUCUUGCUUAGCUUCACUACCCACAGGAGAUGAGAAAGGUCUAUACUAUGGGAUUAAUCUUCGCGGAACUAAUUUCAUCAUCGUGCAAGCACGUCUUGGAGGAAGAAAUGAACCACCCGUUUCACGUCUUGCUGGAAGAAAUGAACCCAUUUCGGAUCUUUAUAGGCAAGAAAUUCAAAUUCCUCCCAACAUAAUAGAGGGCAGCUCCCAGGAAUUAUUUGAUUGGAUAACGGUGGAGCUCGGGAAAUUCAUCUCCAUGCAUAGUGAAGGUCUGCAAGGAGGAGAGAAAAAUCUGGGAUUUACUGUAUCACCUACAAUUGGGGAAGUAGCUGCCUCCAAGGAAACAGCCAUUAAAUGGAAGGAUUCAUUAUUUGGAGACGCAGAAGGGAACAAGUUGUUGAAUGAAAUCAAUCUCGCCUUGGAGAAGCACGGUGUUGAUAAGCAAGUUUUUGCCCUGGUUGAUGACACCAUAGGAGUUUUGGCUGGAGGAAGGUACUAUAGUAAAGAGAGUGUGGCUGCAGUCACUCUGGGAAUGGGCACUAAUGCUGCGUAUGUAGAAUCAGCAAAAUCCGUUGUAAAAUGGCCUGAUCAGGCUCCAAAACCAGAAGAAAUAGCAAUUAAUAUCCAAUGGGGGAAUUUUAGGUCCUCCCAUCUUCCAAUUACCGAAUUUGAUACAUCGUUAGAUGCCGAAAGUUCAAAUCCUGGUAGCCAGAUAUUUGAGAAGCUUAUUUCGGGUACAUAUUUAGGAGAAACUGUUAGAAGAGUCAUACUAAAGAUGGCUCAGGAAUCAUCUUUAUUUGGAGAUAGAGUACCACCUAACCUAGCAAUUCCAUACUCGUUGAGGUCCCCAGAUAUGGCUGCUAUGCAUCAAGACACAUCAGAGGACUAUGAAGUAAUUGAUGAGAAACUGACAGAAAUUUUUGGGAUAAAUAACUCUACAACCAUGGCAAGAGAACUAGUUGCAGAGGUCUGUGAUGUUGUAGCAGAACGUGGAGCUCGAUUAGUUGGAGCUGGCAUCGUGGGGAUUGUAAAGAAACUAGGAAGGCUUUCUAAUAGGAUUAGCAUUAUUACAGUAGAAGGUGGUGUCUACGAGCAUUAUCGCGUUUUCAGGAACUAUCUGCAUAGCAGUGUGUGGGAGAUGCUUGGCAAUGAACUAUCAGACAAUGUGAUUAUUGAACAUUCUCAUGGUGGUUCUGGUGCCAGUUCCAUCUUUAUUGCAGCUUCACAACCAUAAGCCUCGAACUUCAUAGUAACUUCUUUUAGCCGUGACAGAGUUACAUUUGGGUGGUUCAUAUGAUUGCAGCGUCUAAUUAUUUAUUUAUUUGUUUAUUUGUUCGUAUUUUUUUCACAUCCAUCCACUGAGAUGUUGUUUUCAGUAUAUUAUUUUAUAUGAUUUACUGUCUGUUUGAGUAGGCAACAAGUGGCAGGUUUGCAAAAUAAGAAAGGGCAAGCGCUGGUCAUAGUUUCUGAAUUCUCUUUUAUGUUCCUCUGUAUCAAAUGCUGAAAAUCAAGAAAAUUGAUGUAGUAUAUGUUGGAUUA